ACGAAAAAUACCGACCAUCUGUUUGAUUAGUAAGAAUUUUUGUGAUUUUAUAAAAAAAACAAUCGUUCUAAACAAAGUAAAGACAAUUUUUAUAAUAUUUGUACUACAUUGUGAGGUACGAAAGGAUACCACACUGUUAUUGUGUCCAUUCCCUGCAUAUGAAAUCUCAACACAAAGUAAAAAAAAAGGCGCGAAAAUGGAUGUUGUCGAGUCAAUAAAAAAGGAUAAAGCUUACCUCAAAUGUAAGUUUAUUGUGAAAAAUUGGGAGAAAGAGUUCAAGGUUAAGUAUUCUCGAAUUCCAUCUAAAUUUGACAUAAAAGAAGCACCAUCGAAAAUUAAAUAUGCGUACAAAAAAUACUUUCAACUAAAAAGCUCCUUUCUUGAGAACUCCCUCAGUGUCUGCGACAUAGAUGAUGAACCUUUGAGAUCACCAGAAUAUACCCAACAGUUCGAUAUUACACCUGAUAACAGUAAUUCACUGUCUGAAUCUGUAUUACCUGAACUUCCUAGUGGGCAAGAACUUCAUCAAUUACUAAGUCAGACAGAAAUACAGAAAAAUCCAGCUGUUCCUAGCCCUUUUAUUGAAAAUUUGUCUAAAAAACUAUUUCUUAAUAGACAAUUUUCUUUGAGAAAUCCUAGGAAAUUAGCAUUACCCAAGCCUCAAUUAAAUUUUGUGGAAGAUGAUAAAAACUUACUACAGAGUGAGAAUGAGGAUGAGACAAAGACUGUAGAGUAUAAAAAAUCCUCGAGUGUGUUACCUACAAAGAAUAAUGAACAAGAAGCAGUUAAUAAAAGACUAUCAGCAAAUUUAAUCAUUGACAAAGCCAGUAGUUUUAUACCAGUGAGACAACUAAAUAAGGCAUGGAUCGAUAGAGCUAUAGAAAAUGAUUCUGCCAUUGACAACCAAUGUUCAAACACUUCUACAUUUGGAUUAAGUAAUAUCCAUUUACCUAAUUUUCCAGAAAAAACUGGUGAUGUUGUUGAGAAUAGUGAGUCUGAAGAAGAGGAUAAUGGAUUUAAUCAUCUAAAACCUGCAUUAAAAAAAAGAAAAAUAGGUGGGAGUAGUAUUUCUACUUCUUUACAAAAAAAGUCCACUGAAAUAGAAACUGUAGACAAAAUUCCCAGAGAACAACUGAAAAACAGUAAUAAAAAAAACAAAGCUGAAAGCGCUGAAACUAUUAACCCUCCUAAUAUUGCUGAAUAUUUACCAUUUGGAUUGGAUAAUGAUAUAAAUCCACGACAUAGUAAUGUAACUGAUAUUUUAAAUAAAAUUGAAAUUAAUAAAUUAGAUAAAAAUAAUGACUUGAAGACCAGCGAAGACAAACUUUGUGAUAAAAUAAAAAAUGGAACUUUGAAUGAAAACUUUGUCAGAAUCAAUAUUGAAAAAAAAGUUUUUGUUCGGGGAAAAAAGAGUGUUAAGUUUUCCAAGUAUAAAAAACAGCAAUGGAAAGAUAAAAAAGCACUUCAUGCUAGUAUGGAGUUCCCUGAAGGUGGAAAAGUUAGCUGUUUUAAAUGUGGAAUGACUGGUCACAUGGCCAGAUAUUGCACAGCACACAGAGGUGAUACACUACUUCCCCUUGAUAGUUAUGAUGACAAUGAUUUACCAACUUUAGAUGAUAUGCAAAAUGUUGUAGCAAAUCAAAAUAAAAAUGUAUCUAAUGAAAAAGUUUUAACUAUGUCAGUUAUCACAGGUAGUAUAAUACCAGAUUCAUUCUUGAAAAUAUUAGCUGAAAACGAAGACAAUUCAAGUUGUGCAAAUGUGAAACCAAUAUAUUCCAGUCCACAAAAAGAAGCAACCAAAGAAUUAAUGGAAGCACUAGAAAAGUUUGGUCACAAUUCUUUUAGGCCCGGACAAGAGGAGGCAAUUAUGAGAAUUUUAAGUGGCAUGUCAACAUUGCUAAUAUUAUCCACUGGUGGAGGAAAAUCUUUGUGUUAUCAAAUACCUGCAUACAUUUAUAGUCAACAUUAUAAAUGUAUUACUUUAGUUAUUUCUCCACUGGUGUCUUUGAUGGAAGAUCAAGUUUUAAGUAUGCCAGAAUUUUUAAAAGCUGGAUGUUUACACACCAAUCAGCCACCUACACAACGUCAGAAAAUUAUUAAAUGCUUAAAAGAUGGCGAAAUAAACAUCCUUUUAAUUUCGCCAGAAGCUUUAAUAUCAGGAGAUACUAAUGGAAUUUCAGGAUUAUUCAAAUCCCUUCCACAGAUUGCAUUUGCGUGCAUAGAUGAAGCUCAUUGUGUUUCGCAAUGGAGUCAUAAUUUCAGACCUAGUUAUCUCAUGAUAAGUAGAGUUUUAAGGGAAAAACUUAAAGUAAGCUGCAUUCUUGGCCUAACAGCAACUGCCAGUCAGCCUACGAUAAAAAGCAUUAUUAAUCAUAUUAACGUCCCUGAUGGAUUAACUGGAGUUAUAACCAAUCCAACAUUGCCUGACAAUCUGUGUUUGUCUGUUUCUUUUGAAAAAGAUAAAGAUAGAGCUCUAGUUUCAUACUUGAUUUCGGAACGCAUAAAAUCUUUCAAUUCCAUUAUCGUUUAUUGCAUAAGACGAGAUGAGUGUGAAAGAAUAGCAGCUGUACUAAGAUCUUGUCUUCAAGAACCAAAUAAAAUUAACAUGGAAAAAGUGAACAAUAAACGCAAAAGAAUGUCAUAUAUUGCUGAAGCAUAUCAUGCUGGUAUGUCUGCUGCACAACGAAAAAAAAUUCAGAAGAAUUUUAUGGAUGGGACAUUAAGGAUUAUAGUAGCAACAGUUGCUUUUGGUAUGGGCAUAAAUAAAUCAAACAUACGAUGCAUCAUACAUUAUAACAUGCCAAGCAGCUUCGAAUCCUAUGUUCAAGAGGUCGGACGAGCUGGACGUGACAGUCAGAAAGCUUACUGUCAUGUAUUUAUGAAUAACAGUAAUAAUGAUAGAAAUGAACUUUUAAAACAUAUCCACGCAAAUACUAUUGAUAGGUCUAUUAUCAGACGGCUGCUCCAAAGUGUAUUCAUUCCAUGUGAAUGUGGUUCUACAUCCAAUGUAAGUGACAGUCUUCCAAACAGAUCUCCAUGUAAAGGUCAUGAAGUCGGUAUUCCCAUUGAUGAGAAAGUUGAAGAAUUAGACGUUCCAUCUGAGAACAUUGCCACAUUACUAUGCUAUGUUGAACUUCACCCUAAACAUUACAUAAAAGUUCUAAAUAAUGCGUACGUAAUGUGUAAAAUUUCAUCAUAUGGAGGCCCAAAAAAAAUUCUUGAGGCAGCAAAAAGUUGUGCUCCACUUGCAAUGGCAUAUUUGUUAGAAAGUAAAAAAGACCCAGAUGUGGUAAAUAAAACGAUUUUAGAAUUUAAUGUCAUAGAAGUGGCAGCAGCAAUUGGUUGGGAAAGCGGUGUCGCAAAGUACAAUUUGAAAAAUUUAGAAUGGAUAUCUGAAAAUGGUUCAAAUAAAAGAUCUCAACUGAAAGUUGAAUUUAACACUCUUGGCUUCAGAAUUAAGGCUUCAGGAGAUUUAAAACCGCCUGAACUUGAUGCUAUUUUAAAUGAUUUACACGAAUUAGUUCUAGCACAAGAAAAAACAAGAUUAUAUCAAUUAGAAGAAAUAAACACAGCUUUUGGAAAACUAGGAAAUUAUUCAUUACAAACUAAAGAUAUCAGUGAAGAGCUUCUUCAGAAACAGUCUGAUGAGUUGAAAUCAAUCAUAAGAUGUUAUUUUCAACGGGAGGAUAAUUUACCCACAGAUAUUACAUUAGAAGAAAGACCACUUGAUGUUGAACGAGUCACAACUGAUGUUAGGGCUUUGAUAUCAUCAUAUAAGGAUUGUGAAUUUUCUGGACGCAGUAUUGCUCGAAUCUUCCAAGGCAUUUCUUCUCCAAACUAUCCAGCUCUAGUUUGGGGAAGGUGUAAAUUUUGGCGAUCACAUAUUCAUGAAGAUUUUUAUGGUCUUAUAAAAAUAGCAACGCAACAAAUUCUACUCAUGAAAAUGUAAUAAGUUCAAUCAAUUUUAUCUUAAUAAAGCAUUGAGUUUAAA